AUGGAUUGCAAAGUUAGAAAACUCUUUGCACGUGUCAUCUUUGUUGCUCUCAGUCUUUCUUUGCUGCACUUCUGCUUUUUUCUUUCCUGGCUCCUAAUUGGAUUAAAGACUGUUUUGCCAACCAUGGCAUCUGGAGAUGACAGUCCUAUCUUUGAAGAUGACGAAAGCCCUCCUUACAGCCUGGAAAAAAUGACAGAUCUUGUAGCUGUUUGGGAAGUUGCUUUAAGUGAUGGAGUCCAUAAAAUUGAAUUUGAACAUGGGACCACAUCAGGCAAACGAGUGGUAUAUGUAGAUGGGAAGGAAGUGAUAAGAAAAGAAUGGAUGUUCAAAUUGGUUGGCAAGGAAACCUUCUGCGUUGGAGCUGCAAAGACAAAAGCAACCAUCAACAUUGAUGCUGUCAGUGGUUUUGCUUAUGAAUAUACUCUGGAAAUUAAUGGGAAAAGUCUCAAGAAGUAUAUGGAGAACAGAUCAAAAACCACCAAUACUUGGGUAUUACAUUUGGAUAGUGAGGACUUUAGAGUUGUGUUAGAGAAAGACACUCUGGAUGUAUGGUGCAAUGGUAAAAAAAUGGAGACAGCGGGUGAGUUUGUAGAUGAUGGGACUGAAACUCACUUCAAUAUUGGGAAUCAUGACUGUUACAUAAAGGCUGUCAGUAGCGGCAAGCGGAAAGAAGGGAUUAUUCAUAGUCUCAUUGUGGAUAACAGAGAAAUCCCAGAGACUGUUGAAUGACUUCAUAUUAAUGAAUUUUAAUCUUAAGAAGUAAAGAUCAGAACUUUUAAAUUACUGUGGUAAUUAAAUAUGUUCAGCAUGUACUUUUCAGUACAUCUAGUCAUCCUGUUUUUUAGUUACUUGAAACUAGUGUUUUAAGCAUCAGGAAAAAAAUAUGUAUCAUGAAAAUUGCAAUUUAUUUUGUAAAUAAUGUAAAAUGUUUUAGAGUCAAAUGGAAAAUAAGAUAUGGACCAAAAACUCACUAAU